UCAGCAGCGAGAGCAGCAGCUCGGGCAGCAAGAGCAGACCAAGCAGCUACCCUGGGCAUCCUUUCAGACGGCUGCAGGCUUGUCUUCUCUUACCCUUGCUGGGAACAUGGGAGCUUCUUUGUCCUUCCUGCCAGGCAGGAUACCACUUUGGGAACCCACUGAAAUAUGCCAGUUCUUUUCUCAGAUUCUGGGGUUUCUGCAAGUCAUCUAAACCAAGGUCCUUUCUGAAACUCUCUUUCUUUUAAGGAUCCUGAUUGGGAUUUGUUUUGUUUUUUUCCAUCUCAGAUAUUGCUGUAUAGAUUGGUUUUUCAUCGUUACCCAUCCCGGUUAACUUUCCUGUGACUCAGUUUAACUCUUGAGAUCUACAUGGAUGGCUAUUCUUAAGAGCACUUUUCUUACCUUUUCUGUCCCUUUCUGGGGUUGGAUUUGAUAUUAACGGACUCUGUGUAAGCCUGUGUGUGUUCUGAUUGCUCUGAAAAUUUUCUUUCCUUCACAAGAACUAUACAUUAACUGUAACCAAGACCUGUGAAUAAUCGUAGGCUGGGCUUGAUCUUGAUUUUUGGGACUUUGUUGGAAGAUCCAAUUGCAUUUCAUGAAGUUAUUGCUCUCCAUCCAUUGUUUAGGUUUUAAGCUGCUUUGCCAGCUUCCGUGACAUAGUCACUUCUGGACAAUUCUGAUUUUUUUAACAAACUAACUUUUUGUCCCCCCCCCUCAUUUCUUAAAUAUUAUGAGUCCUUUUGGGGGCCUGGUGGAGGAGCCUCAUUCUACUCUUUGAUGUGAUUGAUAGUCCUGCCAUUCCGUGUGGCUGAUUUUUGUUUUAAAAUACAAUGGCUUUGAGUGGAAACUGCAGGACUUACCUCCCUCCUAGAGAACAAGGGGCUGGUCUACAUGCCUUCCCAGAGGUGGUGGAGCUAAACGUAGGUGGUCAAGUAUACUUCACUCGCCAUUCCACCUUGGUGGGCAUCCCCCACUCCUUGCUGUGGAAAAUGUUCACCCCCAAGAGAGACACAGCCAGUGAUCUAGCUAAGGACUCCAAGGGAAGGUUCUUCAUUGAUAGAGAUGGUUUCCUCUUCCGCUACAUUCUGGACUAUCUCAGGGACAAGCAAGUGGUCCUGCCUGAUCACUUCCCAGAAAAGGGAAGGCUCAAAAGGGAAGCUGAAUAUUUUCAGCUCCCAGACUUGGUCAAACUCCUAACUCCUGAUGAUGUCAAGCAAAGCCCCGAUGACUAUUGCCACAGCGACUACGAGGAGGUCUCCCAAGGCAGUGACACAAGAAUAUGCCCCCCAUCAUCACUCUUACCUUCAGAUCGAAAAUGGGGUUUCAUUACUAUUGGGUACAGGGGGUCGUGCACCAUGGGCAGAGAGAGCCAAGCUGAUGCCAAGUUCAGGAGAGUCCCGAGGAUUUUGGUUUGUGGAAGGAUUGCUCUAGUCAAAGAGGUCUUUGGAGAAAGUUUGAAUGAGAGUAGAGACCCAGAUAGGGCACCGGAAAGAUACACCUCCAGGUUCUAUCUCAAGUUCAAGCACCUGGAGAGGGCUUUUGACAUGUUGUCAGAAUGUGGAUUCCACAUGGUGGCCUGCAAUUCCUCAGUGACGGCUUCUUUUGUCAAUCAGUACACAGAUGAUAAAGUCUGGUCCAGCUACACUGAAUAUGUCUUCUACCGUGAGCCUUCAAGGUGGUCUUCAUCCCAUUGUGACUGCUGCUGCAAAAAUGGCAAAGGAGAUAAAGAGGGGGAAAGUGGCACAUCUUGCAAUGAACUAUCCACUUCCAGCUGUGACAGCCAAUCAGAAGCCAGCUCCCCACAAGAGACUGUCAUCUGUGGCCCAGUCACCCGCCAGCCCAACAUACAGACUCUAGAUCGGCCAAUCAAGAAGGGCCCAGUACAGCUACUUCAGCAGUCUGAAAUCCGAAGAAAAAGUGACCUGCUCCGAACUCUAACGUCUGGCUCCAGGGAAUCCAACUCUAGCAAAAAAAAAGCAGUGAAAGAAAAGCUCUCUAUUGAGGAAGAGUUAGAAAAAUGCAUCCAGGAUUUCCUUAAAAUCAAAAUCCCAGACAGGUUUCCAGAAAGGAAACACCCCUGGCAAUCCGAACUGCUACGAAAGUAUCAUCUAUAAGAGCGGGGCGGGGCAGUGGGGAAAUAACCUUAUUACAAUUUACAGAUCAAGAUCCUUAAUGAUACGGAAAUAAAAGGAAUAAUAACAAUUUGUUAGGUCACAAAAAAAUCCAUCUUGAUAGUACUGCCUAAUUUGCCUAUUUCACCUUAACAUUUAUAGUCACAGGGUAAUGAUAUUUUUCAAGUUGUGGAAGCACAAUGAAAAAUGCUUUUGUUUGUAAGCUCCUAGUCUUACGCAAGCUGAAUACUGUAUACACGAAAGGCACAACAACAUCACCAACUAAAGAAACCCACACACAGAUGCACCUGGUGCUGGUGGAGAAAGUCCUACACAUGAUCAGGCAGUGGCUGGGGGGGUUUCCGCAAACUACAUGCCUUUUGAGUUCUCCUUUUAAUUCCUUUAUUUGGAGGAGUCAGGGCAGGGCAGAUGUACAUGAUUUAAAGAAACAAGCUAUGCCGUGCCAGUUUACAUGAAGAAUGUGUAUAUAUAUAUAUACGUAUAUAUACACAUGAAUAUACAUAUACAUGUGUGUAUAUUUAUAUUGCAUAACAAAUUUUUCUGGUUCUCUCCUUAUAACUGCACUUUCUCAACAACAACAAAAAAAAGCAAUUGUUAGCACUCUGUGUGCUCCAUUUCCCCUCUAGCUUUAUGAGGUGUGAAUAGUAGAAGACUGUCUCUCUCCAUCUGUUAUUUUUGGGGGCAAGGGGAGGUUGGAAGCGGAGCACUGUAAAAGUGCUUGUGUCUGUUGCAACUGUGGGCAAAAUAUUCUAUGAGUUUUUGAUAACAAUAUAUAUUUUAAUCUUUGUUCCAACACUUCUUCCCCAAAGCUUCCGGAUGACAAAGGGUUUAUUAUGGAAUGAUUCCAAUUGGAAAGGGGAUCCACUGAUGGCGGGUCAAGUCGCUGAGUCGGUGAGCUCAGCUGAUUUAUGUAAGCCUGCCAGACCCUGCUGCCAAAGAGUCUUUGGCCCAAACAAAUGAGGAGAGCAGCCUCCCGUUCCCAUCCAACGCAGAUGCAAUUAUAAGAAAUUAUAAACCUAAUAAGAUGCAUUUUGUGCUCUGACUGGCAGGAAAUUGAUUGUUAAAAUGGCAGGCACCACGCCAUUCCAGCUAGAUACAUUUCAAAAGGAAAUUAAAAAUUGAAUAGAAACCAAACACACUCUGUAAUGGAAACUGCCUUAUCAGCAUCCUUUCUGUAGUCUGUAGGAUAAUCCGGUGGGUGGCAGGCUUAAUUUAGUACCAUGUGUUACCCAUAAUGUAUAAUAAACGGGAAAAUAUCAGCAAGCUCAGUUUGAUGGGACUGCGGGGAGGAAGGGAUGCCGCACGCAGGCACAGCAGUACAAGAACCUACUGAGCCCAGGCAACAACAACAAAAAAGCACAGUCCUUCCGUGACAGGUUCGCCUAGCUAACUGCGUCUUAGUUGUCAUUCCGAAGCUAAUUCUUUAGGCAGACCAGUAAGAACCUGAUGUCCCUCAACAGUCCAGUGGGAGCCAAAGGUCCCAUGGAUGGGAUCUGAAAAGUUAAGAGUCAGGUACUGAAGGGGAGUCCCAGGUACAGACUGCAUCUGGUGGGAUGAAAUUGGUGUCUGAACAGACUGUAAAGCAGUUACCUAGAGAUGCAUUGCAUCAGUGGGUCCACAUGGGCCUUCCACUGGCUGCAGAUGGAAGCUGGUUAGCUGGGGAGUUUGGCACAUGUCUCAAGACAUAAAGUGAGAGACACAGAAACUAAUAAAGACGAUAGCUUUAAAAGCGGUGAUAUUGCCUUGUUUAGCAUCAGUAACAUUUCUAAAGCCUCAGUUUCACUAUCUAGCAUUCCCAAUUCACACUGCUACAAGGGAGAUGACUUCAAGUGUGCAUAGACUAGAGGUACAUUUGGAUUGAACAUAGUAUACUUGAGUAGGUCUGAGGCCCAGUCUCCUUGCCUGCAGGUGCAAUUUUCUCCCACAUAAUAUGCUCUUAUAUAUAUAUUUUUUGCACCUGCAAAAUGUACUGUGGGGGCAAAGCUGCAUAAUCAGGCAGGUAAAGGUACCAUCAUUCAGAUUUGUGCCUACCAUUGAACUGCAAGUGCCAUGCAGGCACAGAUUUUGUGGGUGCUAAUUGCACAUGCAAACGGGAAGUGACAUGUCUCAAACUAUUGCAAAAUGUGAGAUGCUUGUGGACAGAGCUGAGCAUGAACCAAAUCCCCAGAUCGAAACACCCUCAAAUUAUUGGGAUAUGAGAUCUGGAUUUUGUAGCUUGGAGUCAUCUCUAGUUAAGGUUUGCAAGUUUACCAAGAUGUUUUACAUGAGAGAGGGAUGCUAGUUCUAGUGAUUCCUAAUUAUUGUCAUGUGUAGAGUAAAUAUAGUAAGCAAAAGCCUGACCUGAAAAGUGCUGAGCUAAAUUGGACAGAUCCGCACUACUAAGGAUCAGGCACUAAACUAAUUCAGUUGUUAAAACACAUGUUCACACUCAAACACAUGCAUUUCAGAUGCACACCUACCCAUAUUCACGUGCCUGUGCACACAUAUUCACAUGUAGCUUUGCACAUCCAUGUUCUUGCACACAUACAUCCCUCUGCUUGCCACAGAUUUGCUUUUCCUCUUUUUAAAAACAAUUGUCUUUCUUGUACAUUCACUCGUCCCUAUUUACAGCUGCUGUACUGGAAUCACUCUUGAGAGCACUGUGUUAAAAAGUUUGCCUGCAACUUCCCUUAUGUGAGUCGAUGCAAAGCAAGAACACUAGGCUGGCUUCCAAGACAUACGGAUUGGCUUAAAUGGUGCUUUUUCUCUUGCUUGUUAUGUCCACACCAGAGAGCAGCUCCGUUGUCUCUGACACUUUAAGACUUGGAAACUGUGAUUUUUCUAUUUUGACCCAGUCAGUAUCAUCAGCCAGACAUGCCAAAUCGGAAAGUGAGCCUUUUCCCUUUUGCAAGGUUUUGAUACCAUCAGGCAUUAUGCAGAAUCCUCCUCCACUAUCAGUUCUGCUCUCUGCGAGUCACAAGGAAGAAGUCUAACAUUAAUUCAUUGCAUUAGCAAAUUAGGGAGAAAAAUGAGCAGAGGUUGACUCUCGCUCUUGCUUCAGCAGGAAUUCGAGAUUUCCAUACACAACAUAGACCAAUUGUCUACUUCGAUAACUCAGAAUGGCUAGAACCUGACAUCCUCAGCUUCAGAGUUUCACUUUUUCUUUUUCUUUUUAAUCUCCAAAACAUUGUAUUACACAAUAUGGAGGACAGAGAGAAGGAGAGUGUACCCUGUUUUUCUUUCUUUCUCUCAGAGUUUGAAUGGACUUGACUCAAUUUGCACAGGACUGUACAAUGAUUAAUACCUGCAGGAAAAAUUAGACCAAAUGAAAUGCACCAGAAUGGGUUUGAUUCAUGUGGCCUUCAUAUUCCCCGUUUUAGAUGAAAUGGCACCACUACUGAAAUAAGAGUCUUGAACUUUAAUAAUCACUAGCCGCAAAGCUUAUAUGUAUAUCCUGCUUUGUUACUGUGGAGUACUUAUAUAGUGUAUCCAUUCCUAGGACCAAAUUUAUCCCAGGUUUAACUCCAUUGACAAUGGUGAAGUUCCAUCAGAGAUAGCUUUGUGCCCUGGUGAUUUCAGCUCUCCAUUUCAGGUCAUGCUCCUCAUUAUUUCAAUUGCUCCAUUUGUGUAACAUCAGUAUAGACUUCCUGGGCCUGAUUCUAAGGGGUGUUUACUGUUGGAGCUGCAGGGGUGAAUCCCAGCUUGUGUAGACGUAGUCAUGCUAGCUCUCUCUGAGCUAGCAUGC